CGUCCCCCCUUCCACCCCUCUUCACGCAAAUAGAACGCCCGGCCAUUAUAGCCGUAUUUGGUGUACUUGUCAGUCCAGAUACAGGUAUAAUAACCAGGCGUUGUUUUCGGGGCAAGACGGGGGUAGCUACGUAGCCAUGAACGCGGUGCUGGCGCCGACGCUUCGGCUUGUGAACGGCGUGGAGAUGCCACGUGUCGGCCUGGGCACUUUUCGAAUGCGGGGAAAUGAGGCGAAAUCGGCUGUGCAGUGGGCUCUGGAAGCAGGAUAUCGCCACGUGGACACAGCGUCGAUCUACAAGAACGAAUCUGAGAUUGCGUGGGCAAUCAAGGAGAGCGGACUACCGCGGGAGGUGGUUUUCAUAACGAGUAAAGUCUCGCCCCUCGAGCAAGGGUAUGAGGCCGCUAUGGCCGCUUUCGCGGCCACAUGCAGCCGGCUAGAUACUGCGUACCUGGACCUGUACCUGAUCCACUGGCCGGGGGUGGCUAAGAUGCAUGUCAAGUCGGAGAGAAACGGCCAAUUACGAGCUGACACGUGGCGAGCGCUGGAGGAUCUCUAUCGACAGGGCCGAUGCAGAGCAAUCGGGGUCAGUAAUUACACUGAUUAUCAUCUGCGAGAGCUUCUGAGCUCAUGCCACGUCAGACCCAUGGUUAAUCAGGUAGAGCUGCAUCCCAUGCUGACUCAGCACCAGCUUGGCGCUCUGUGCUGUGAGAACGCUGUCCAGAUCGAAGCCUAUUCGAGCCUCGGCUGUGGGGAGCUAUUGCGGCACCCUGUCGUUAUCGAAAUUUCGGCUAAGUAUAAGAGGACCCCUGCACAGGUGUUACUUCGCUGGGGACUUCAACACGGCCACGUUGUCAUCCCCAAAUCCGUCUCCAAGGAGAGGAUUUUCCGUAAUUUCGACCUAUUUGACUUCGAGAUUCAGGACGUGGAUAUGGCGGCUUUGAACGAGCUUAACGAAGAUAGACACUUCUGUUGGAAUCCUAACGAAAUUGCCUAGUAAUGUCCUCUUUUUUUUUUUUUUUUUUUUUUUUUACCCUUCGCUUCGCUGGUUGUCGACAAAUAAAAAAUCAUAACGGAUGGCACAGCCGUCGCUGGACACGUGGCAUGCAAAGGAAGAUGACACGUGGGACUGGGCAGGUGGGACUGGACACGUGGGGUUAGACACGUGACAUGCAAUGCGAGACACGUGUCAUGCAAGCGAUUCUGCUGCUGUACGGGAUCGUGCUGUCGAAAUGCUUCAAUUUUUCACUGUUUUUCUUCGUAAUAAAGUAAUUGGCUUAUUUGACGUGGCAUAAGAUCAAGGAGAUGCCUAGCUGAUUAGUUGGGUACAGUCUUUGUUGCAAACGUGGGAUGCAAACCGAAGAUGCCUUCUUUGGACACGAGGGGUCGGACACGUGAGGUUUUCGCACGUGGGUUGGCCACGUGGGGUUCGACACGGGUUGCACACGUGGCAUGCUACUGUGGAGACACGUGUCAUGCAAGCAACACGUGGGGUUGGAUAAGUGGCAUGCAAUCGAGGACACACGUGUCAUGCUGGCGAUGACGCUGGAGUUGGACACGUGGCAUGAAAUUGGAGAUGCCGAGCUGGUUACGUGACACACUCUUCCCCGGGCACGUGGCAUGCAAUUGAAGAUGCCUUAGUCGGACACGAGGGGUUGGACACGUGGCAUGCAGUUGUGGAGACACGUGGCAUGCAGUCGAUUCGACACGUGGGGCUGGACACAUGGCAUGCAAUGCUGCUGUUGGACACGUGGCAUUACGUGGCACAGAGAGAAAAGAAGACCAACGAUGUCUUUCGACACGUGCCGAACUUGAAUGUGAUGUUGGGAUGUUUGAGACGCAUGGCAUGCAAUGAGAGAUGCCGUUAUUGGGCACGUGCCGUUCGAAUCGAAGAUGCUUUUUCUCGAUACGUCGCAUCUAACUGAAGAUAUUUCUUUUAGACACGUGCCAUGCAGUCGGAUAUGUCUUCGUUGAAAGACGUGGUAUGUCUUCUUUGGACAUGUGGCCUUAGACACGUGGCAUGCAAUCGGAUAUGUCUUCGUUGGACACGUGGCCUGCAACACCAGAUGAAUUUGUUUGAAACGGCGCAUGAAGUUGGAGAUUGUUUUCAUUGGACACAUGUGGCAUGCGACCGAGACAAUCGAGUCCCGAGUCCCGACCGAUCUUUUAUGGGGAUGUAUCCCGACUCUCGACUAAGAUUCCAGCCUCUCUGGCGCCUUCAUGCGUCUCCAUCAAUCGUGCGUCUCACCUUUUGUCCCGUUUGGGUUGAAAUGAAUACAAAAGUUUUGG